UAUAUAUACACACAGCGACAGAAGCACAAUGGAAUUGCAACCUUCUCAGUCCCUCUUACUAACCAUCACAAAGUUGGAGUUUCACGCCAAGAAAUGGCAUUUAUGAUCUCUAAGAGCAAACCACCAUCUUUCUCUGAGCCACAGGAAUUGAGCCUUCCCCACGGCGCCAGAAACGAGUCGACCAUCAACUCGGUCACUAGCCAGCUAAUCUUGAAAUCAUCAUCAGCUGCAGCUCGUGAUGGCUCUCAACCCCUUGAUAGAGAUGUUGUCCUCAAACGCAUUCGUCACCAUAAGUCAAUGUACAAGGUCCGUAAUGCUCUCCAGGCUCUCCUGGCUGCUGAUGAUCAUGCAGAUGCACAUUCUCUCCCCGAUAAUGAGCAGAAGUGGCUGCAACUUGGUGACGCUUUUUCCUCCCCAUGAUCUCAAGUGGCGCUCAUCAAUAGCAUAUCGAGUCAACAGCUUGGUAAUCCGUGUGAUGGUAGCAUUAUUUGCAAUGUUUUGGCUAGUCCUGGUAGUAAAAAUUUUGCCGUCUUGCUAAAUCUCAGUGCUAGUUGUUUUAUGGCUCGGGCUGAGAGACCAAGACAAUCUUUGUUUUGAGUUCUUGUGGGCUGUAAAAUUGUAAAUAUUGUUCUAACAUGCAUACUCUGCAUGUCUUCAAUUUA